AUGUCUCAUACGAAUCACGACGUGGCCAGCCGCGGUAUUGAGCAACGAGAUGUGGCUAUCGCGUUCCUCGUAGCUACCUGGGUAUUCGUGCUAUUGCGCAUAUACGUUCGAGGAUACAUGAUCCGCAACUUCGGCUGGGAUGAUUCCAUCAUGAUACUAGCAAAUCUUGUCUUUACCAUGUACUGUGUUGCCAUAUUGUACACUGAAGCACACGGAGCAGGCACGCAUCUGUCUGACCUGGCCGCUAUAAACAAGAUCAUCAACUGGACCAUUGCCGCCCAGGCCAUCUACAUCGUCACCAUAUGCUUCCUUAAGAUCUCCCUAGGCAUAUUCUUCAACCGCAUCGUAGUCAAGCCAUGGCAGAAGACCUUGAUCCUCGUAGUGGUCGUCGUUAGCACCGUUCAAAGCGUCGCCAACUUCUUCUUCGCUAUCUUUCGCUGCGGCGCGCCAGUUGGAGACUACCUAACCAAACAAAUUGCAGGCCAAUGCGCUUCUCGUCGUACCAACCUCAUCUUGCUAUACAUGCAUGCUGCUGUGACCACUAUAACCGACUGGAUAUUCGCCGGACUACCAGUCGCAGUAGUAUGGGAUGCAAAGAUGGACGUACGCACAAAAUGCUCAGUUGGCUUUAUCCUCUCUCUAGGCGCAUUCGGCAGCAUCUGCUCCAUUGUCCGCUUUUUUUACAUCGACGGCCUCACACGCACCGACGACUUCUUUUGGAACGCAACCAACACCGCCAUCUGGUCCACCAUCGAGCCCGGCGUCGGCAUAAUAGCCGGUUCCCUCGCCACAAUGCGCCCCCUCUUCAAAUCUGUGUUCACAAGUGUCCGCGACCUCACUUCCAGCGCUUCACAGAUCUCGAAGCGGAUGUCGCGCUCCUUCCGCUCACCCCCGGCCUCUGGCGCUGACAAGAGUGUUCUCGAUAGCCAGAAACGCGGCUCUGCGUAUUUGAGACCGGACAACUAUAGUGGCAAUGAUAGCCAGCACACCCGCACCACGACCACGGCGGUGAGCAAGGACGGAAGAUCGACCGAGAUGAAGCCGGGCUUCUCGGCGACUCAAACGGCCGCGAGCUCCGAAUACAUCGUUACGAGGAACGAGGAUCAAGACGGGCAGUGGCCUUUUGACCGAAGCGUUCUAGUGACACACAUGUCGAAUGAGGAGGAUGGGAUCGAGGUUGAUCGGAGGAGCUCGCAUACGCUAGGGGAAGAGGAGGGGAAUGAUGUGAGGGCGAGUUUUAGGCUGCCGAUUAAGGGCCAGAGGAGGAGCGAGGAUUAGAUGGUUUGAAGCAAAUUACCUUCCCGACUACUCUCGGACUUUCUUUCCUUUAUGGGCCUUGGACGACUUACUCUUUGUAAUAAGGUUUUCACUCACGACGUUCUUUUCGCAUGUUUCGGCGUUUGCUUGGGGAAGGGGGAAGAUACCACUUUUGCGCUGUUUUGUUUCAUUCGCUGCUGGCCUGAAGGGUCAUUGUAAUUACCUUUUGGAGGGAAAUACUAGAACGACUGUUCGCGGAGCUCUUUCAAGUCCUCGAAUUAUUCCUUCGUUGACAAUGCAGGAGAUUCGAGGGCAAGUACUCCUCAGUUAAGAAAAUCGCUAGGCUCAAUGGUAAAUCUAUGAAGUAUCCCAGUC